AUGACGGCUCUCGCUUCUCGCCCUUCGCUCGCAGCAGCCACUGCCAUUGGUCCAAGUUACGAUCCAUCUACUCGAAACGGACCGGCGCCACUUUGUCGGGACCCCUCUGCGAACUCUGCCCUUCUAAAAAUUCCCCAACUCGUGCUAUGCUAACCCCAUCUGCAGGCCCAUCGGCGAACGCAGCCGCCGAUUUGAGGCACAAGGCCACUUCAAGUGUAUUCAGCUCUGCCUGUGGGUGUAGAUCCAGUGCCAAUCACACAUCGCGAUCGAGAAGGAUUCUGGCAGUCGCACCACACUGCCACGGCCACCGUCAGCCCUGCGUCGGGGCAAGCCUAGAGUCGGCGUCUAUUCAACCCAAUGAGGCGACACACAGCUCGCCAUCGUGCUCCCCGCCUUAGAUUGUACCGUACCCGGACAGACGACAAAAGAUCGUUGGUGGGCGGCGCCAGCCAUAGCCCUCUGAUCAACGGCUCGAAGCGGAUGACUGG